AUUUUAUUCUAUUAUGAUGUGACACUUUGACACAGACGGAUUCAUGGCUAACUAUAACAACUGCUGCUUUGUUGGAAUUAUCCUUGCAAUCGCGGUGAACGUGGCUGACGGGUGGCACGCGUUCGACAACACCGAGUACCACUGCUGGGAUCUUACCGCCAGUGCCACCAACCCCGUACCCGUCAGCUGUGAAGGAUUCGAACUGCGGUGGGUGUCGAUUCCUGGAGAAACAAUACGAGCACAGGACGAGUUCAGUCUAACGUUCGAAUUCAUCGUCAACGACGCAUUUUACACGUUCGCCGUAAACAACGGCUACUUUGACGGUAUAGGGUCAGUCACGACGGCGACGGAGGCAAAGACGUGGUGCGAGACAACGGUAUGCCCGGAAGCGAAGGACGCCACGAAGACCAACUGCUGUAUAUGGCACGUGAACGUCCACUCCUGCCCCCUUGCGGACACCACGAACGGGCUGUGCGGGCCCUGGAUCUCGCCCAGUGGCUCUACGUUUACGCACUCGGAAGUACUUGUGGGCAGCGUGAAUACCGGUAACUGGACAUGUCAUGUCGCGGGUCUCUACCAGACGGGUGUGACGUCUCUUAUUGCGCACUUCCGGAUAGCGGGGAUACAGAUGGCGUUGGAAACUAAAACCAAAGUCACCCCCAGAGCAGAGUGCGGUAACGGUGACUGUGAGAGCGACGAGGGUGAAGACUGCGAGUCGUGCCCCAAGGACUGCGGUAAAUGUCCCCUCAAAGCGUGGCAGAUCGGCCUCAUAGCUGCAUUCUCAUUCAUGGCAGUGCUAGGUGCGGCAGGGGUCAUUCUGUAUUUCCAAAUUCAGAAGAGAAAACUGCUGUGGGAUGAGAGUUGGAUCGUUCCGUUGGAGGACAUCAAAGAAGACGAGGGCAUGCAUGGCGGGUUCGGGAGUAUGUUGGGCAGCACGAUGGACCUGUCCACCACCGCCAGCGACGGAACCCGCAGUAUGGCCGUGUCUGCUGCGAAACGACAGGUGUUCGUCAAGACAGCCAUGCUGCGGGGACGUACAGUGGCGGUUCGUCACGUGCGGAAGAAGGAGUUUACGCUCACCAAGAAGGUCCGCCUCGAUGUCAGGGCCGUCAGAGAGUGCGAUAACGUGAAUCUGUGCCGGUUUUUGGGCGCGAGCAUCGUGGCACCCAACAUCCGUGUUCUAACGGAGUACUGUCCUAAGGGGAGCCUCAGUGAUGUCCUCCUUAAUGAUGACAUUCCACUCAACUGGGCCUUCCGAUUUUCAUUCGCGGCGGACGUGUCACGCGGAAUGCAGCACCUGCACAAUCACCACCUCUACCACGGCCGCCUCAAGUCCAACAACUGUGUCGUGGACGACAGAUGGACCGUCAAAAUUACAGAUUAUGGUCUGCGGACGUUACGUGAGAAUGAUGACGUAACGCUGGAUGGGGGCGAUUGCGACUCGGCGGAUUUUGAAGACGACGAGGACGAGUUUUACCAGGGGCGGCGCGCGCGCAUCUACAUAGCGCCGGAGUUCGCCGACGUCAAAGAGUUUGAGCCGACGGCCGCCUGUGACGUGUACGCCUUUGCUAUCAUAUUGAUUGAGAUAGCAACAAGAAAUGAUCCGUAUGGUGACGAAGACGCGUUCAGUGUGCCGGCGUACUGGAAGCCCCCAUUUCCGGAUCUUUCACCCGAUGCUUGUGAAAACAAGGACGACAUCUGCCCGUGCGCAGAACACUACCUGCAUUUGAUCGACCAGUGUUGGGACGACGACCCAGAAAUGAGGCCGACAUUUGAUGCCAUCAAGAAGACUAUCCAUCGCAUUAACCCCAGCAAACUCAGCCCCGUUGACCUCAUGAUGGCGAUGAUGGAGAAAUAUUCCAAACACCUUGAAUCCAUCGUGACUGAUAGGACACAGGAUCUCGUCGCUGAGAAGGCCAAAACCGACCGACUGCUCUAUAGUAUGUUGCCUAAAGCUGUGGCCGACGAUCUGCGACUUGGCAAACCUAUUGAGGCCAAGUAUCACAACGGAUGUACCAUCUACUUCAGCGACAUAGUAGGUUUCACGACGAUCUCAGGUGGGAGCACAGCGAUGGAAGUGGUGGGGCUACUGAACAAACUCUACAUCACUUUUGACGAAAUCAUCGACAAGUAUAACGUGUACAAGGUCGAGACAAUCGGAGACGCGUAUAUGGUGGUUUCUGGGAUCCCGUUGGCGACCCCGUACCACGCCCGCGAGAUAGCCGACAUGUCCAUCGACCUUGUGGCUGCCUGUAAGGUCUUCACUAUCCCGCACAUGCCAGGGGAGCCGCUCAAAAUCAGGGUUGGCCUGCACUCAGGUUCAGCAUGUGCGGGCGUGGUUGGCCUGAAGAUGCCACGCUACUGUCUGUUCGGGGACACAGUCAACACAGCCUCAAGGAUGGAGUCGAACGGUGAAGCAUACAGGAUACAUAUCAGCAACUUCACGUAUGAAGAGUUGGUCAAGUUGAACAAGUAUACUAUUGAACAGAGAGGAAAAAUACCGGUAAAGGGCAAAGGUGAAAUGAUGACCUGGUGGCUGACAGGCUAUGACCCAACAUUCCUGGCGGAGAAGGCGAAGUUAGAACAGUUAGAAGUAAACCAGGAUGACAACAAAAACAGUCUUAUAUCCAUGAAAUCCCCGUCUGCUAAACUACAUGCCACGUUUGAGAACAUGAACUCCUUUCAGACAGAAAAGAAAUCCGAACAAGUGAAACACUUCAUAAACCAUACUCAAAAUACAACUUUGCAGUCCGAUAUGGUUCCAAAUAAGACUUCAAAGUACACUUUGACCGAUGCAAACAAAGAUAAAGUGUCAUACAACAUAAGCAGUCACCUGUCACACUCCUCGGACACUGAUAACUGCAGCAGUGAAACUAAUAACAGGGAUGAUUGCAAUAAUAAAGAAACUGGCCACGGUGAGGAAGACACUAAAGAUACACCAGGAAUAUCUGUAAACCACAGAGAAGACAAUACAAGCACAGUUGACCUAUAUAACACAGCGGACAGUGACUGUCUGUUUACUCCAGUUGAGAUGUCCGUGGCAGAGCCGGGCACAAGCCAGAGGAAGAUCAGCAGAAUCAGCAACAUGACCAGUGACUCGGGGUUCACGGAUAGGUCGGAUGACGUAAGCGAUGUGCACGAAAUCGUCGUGCGCAGUUGUUCGUCUUUGCAAGAGAUAUUGGACGAAGACGACGAUGCCGCGGCACUCGAAGAUCACAGUAUCAACGGGUAACAAGCUACACAAGGGGAACAGAAUGCUAUAGCGAACUAUAUGAAGAGAUAGUUUCAAAGUUAUUGUUUUUGAAGUGGUUUUUGAAGUGGAACAGGAAAUAAAACAAUGAUAUGUUGUUCUUCAUUGUAAAGGAUUAAAAGCUUCCUACGUGAUUCAUCCUCGUUCAUCAGAGUGGUGAUAC